AUGCAGAACAGUGAGUGUCAAAAGGAUGGACAGCUGAUCGAGUGUGGAUGCUGCUUUGGGGAGUUUGCAUUUGAGGAGCUGACACAGUGUUCCGAUGCUCACUUGUUCUUCAAAGAAUGUCUCAUCAGAUAUGCCCAAGAGGCAGUGUUCGGGUCAGGAAAGUCAGAACUCAGCUGCAUGGAGGGCAGCUGCACAUGUUCCUUCCCAACUAGUGAACUGGGGAAGGUGCUCCCCCAGACCAUUCUGUGCAAAUACUAUGAACAGAAAGCUGAAGAGUUCACUGCAGCCUGUGGUGAUGAGCUCAUCUGGUGCCCCUUCUGUAGCUUCCCUGCUCUGUUGGACAGGGAUGUGAAGAGUUUCAGCUGCCUUAAUCCUUGCUGCCAGAAGGGGACCUGUAGGAAGUGUCAGGUCCUCUGGAAAGAGCAUACCGGCCUCACCUGUGAAGAGCUGGCCAAAAAGGAUGACGUCAAGUACCGGACAUUUACUGAAGAAAAAAUGACUGCUGCUCGCAUUAGAAAAUGCCACCAGUGCCGGGCUUUGUGUGGGACUGGCCUCAUCAAACCCGAAGGCUGCAACCGCAUGUCUUGCCGCUGUGGUGCUCAGAUGUGCUAUGUCUGUCGAGUUUCUAUCAAUGGCUAUGACCAUUUCUGCCAGCAUCCUCGCUUUCCAGGAGCCUCUUGCCAGGAAUGUUCCAGGUCCUCCCUCUGGAGCGACCCCACUGAUGAUGAUGAAAAGCUGAUUGAAAAAAUCCAAAAGAAGACUGAAGAGGAGAAGAGAAGGAAGAAUGGAGAAAACACCUUCAAACGAAUCGGUCCCCCACUGGAGAAGCCAGCCAAGAAAGAACAGCACGUGGGAGGCCUGCCAUGGCCUGUUCCACAGAACCUGCACCCACAGAUGCCACCCAUCGCCAUUGUGCACCCACCUUUCCUCCUGCCACCUGUGUGGCGUGGGUUCAACUACUUCCCCAUCAACAUAGGUCCCGUGCCAGCACCCUAUGUACCACCUCUGUCCAACCUGCCUGUGAACUGUGACUUUGGCCAUGUGUAUGUGGCCCUGGCACACAACCUGCCAAUGCACUUUGGCCCCCAGCAAUGUCAUGGCUUCUGA